GGUCUUUCAGAGUUUUAAAAGGAUAAUUUAAUAAAAGUCUAGCUAGUCUUCAGAGAACUGCUAUCCUUAUUCCUUGACUUUUAGCAAUAAGAGCAAGCUCUCUCUGAGAAGAAGAGCUUCAGAGAAGGUAAGACUGCACUGGGGAAGGGAUCUGAGGCAAAAGGGGUUGAUGAAACGCUCUUCUGGGGGCUUUUUGAAGCCAGCAAAAGCGCUCUGCCUGUGCCAGGGGGCUGGCAGCUUGUGGGCGGGCAGCUGAGCUGGCGUGGGCGCUGCCGACACUGCCCAGCUGGGACCAGGCUAGCAGGCCAUAAGUAGCCUCAGGGAGGGCAGCAGCUAGCUGCCACCCACAGAGCACGCAGGGUGAGCAAACGGUGUUGGUGUGUGCGCCUUGCAGGCUGCAGCCCGUCCGGCAGGGCGUUGAGCCUCUCUCGAUACACAAAUGCCUGGCUAUGAGACCGGUGCUACAGGCAGAGCAUUGGGCUCUUUGAUAGUGGCUGUUUUGGUAAGACGCCAGACCUGACAGUAAUGCAUGGGAAAGGUUUGCGUCACAGUGGCCAAAGGGUUCUGGGACAGGAAUGAGGAGGGGUCAUCCCAAGAGCUUUAGAGUAGAUUUGAAGGGGAAUAGGGUUGUAGCUGGACUUGCAGAGCUGGGGUAGCGCCCUAGAACUGAUCAAGGCCAGGGGGCCUCCCACCCCCCUAGGGUGAAGUAAGAGUGCUCAGCUUGCCUUACUGCUCUCUAUAACUGACCGAAGGGAGGUUGUAGUGAGCUGGGGGCCGGCCCCUUCUCUCGUGUAACCAGUGAUAGGACUAGAGGGAACGGCUUCAAGCUGCACCAGGGGAGGUUCAGGCUGGACGUUAGGCAACACUCCUUCUCUGAAUGGGUGGUCAGGCACUGGAAUGGGCUGCCCAGGGAGGUGGUGGAGUCACCGACCCUGGAGGUGUUCAAGGAAAGUUUGGAUGUUGUGUUGAGGGACACGGUUUAGUGAGAACUGUUGGUGAUGGGUGGAUGGCUGGACUGGCUGAUCCUGUGGGUCUUUUCCAACCUUGGUGAUUCUAUGAUUCCAUGAACUGGGAAAGCUCAGGCCUCCUUAGAGUUUAACCUGGCAAGAGCGGUCAAGGACAACAGAAAGGCCUUCUUCAAAUACUCUGCAGACAAAAGGUCUGAGGGAGGACACGCACCAGGUACAGCGCAGCAGAAAGCAGUUUCAGUUUGAAGAAGAUUCAUUUAAUUACCCACUAGGAAAGAACUGGGGUAGUGAGAACUAAAAGCAAACAAAAACCACUUUCCCAUUCUAACUUGUGUCCAACUCAGGUAUGUGAAGUAAGGAUGGCAGCAGCACGCCUCAGGGAUGGUCCCCAGACUGCUACAUGUGUUUGCUUGUUGUCAAAGCUCCAGUUUUAUGUAUUUUUUGAUUAUACUCAAGUUAUGUCCAUAACUGCUCCCAUCCCUAUGCUGGGGGCUACUGCCAGCCUACUUCCAUAUGCGCAGUGGGGCUGUGACCUCACAGAAUGAUCCCCUCCUGCCGGACUAUGAUCUCACGGCUCUGCCCAUGUAAGCCAGCGGCCAGCACUUGGUCUCUCCCAGUGCGGUCGUGACCAGCUUUGAGCGAUGGUUCUCGACAGCUUUCUCCUUGUCCCCAGCCUCCUGCUCCUGGUGGCUGGGCUGUCUUUGCUCACCACUUCCUGGCGCCGACAGGGUUCUGACCGGCGCUGGCAGUGGUGGAGAUGGUGGCAGCAAGUAGCGGCAUUGAAGUCACGUGAGUCCCCUGAGGGUCAGCCUGGCACAUUCCCAGGCAGGGCCAGUCCUCUGGGAGAAGCCAGGCUUUGUACCAGCCUCUGUCACGAAGCAGCCAGGCCAGGUGGGCCUGGAAGAUCCCCGGUGCCCCCUAGCCUACUGUGGCUCAGGCCCGCUCCCUGUUUUACAGGUGCUGAGAGGCAGGCAGGCAGGCGCGGGAGCCCCCUGUGCAGGCCACGUUGCUCCCAGCAGCAAGCAUCACCAUGGCACGGCAGUCCCAUCCCGCCCCGUCUCAUCCGGCCAGGAAAGACCCGGCCUUUGCUGCAGCGCAGCCUAUGCCCCUCUCUUCACAUGGACUCUGCCACUGGUUCCACGAGCUCUGCAGGGAAACCCGGCAGGCUUCCCAGACAGGACCAGCGCCCGCAGGUUCUGCUGGCACGUGGGACCCCCAGGACGCUCAGUCAGCGUUCAAGGCUAGGCAGUGGAGUUGCAGACCUGCCACCUGAGAUCAUCAACUGCACAAAGCCACCAGUGAAAGGGAUGAUCUUUCAGGAGGGGCUCGUUCAAACAGAGGAGAGAAGACGCUGGUGGCAAUACAAGACCAAGAGGCCUAUUUGGCCCAUGCGCCCCCCAGCACUUCCCAAAGGGCACGAGAAAGCAGGAGCAGCAGCAAGACCAUCACGUGGACCAGCUUUGAGCCUCGAGAGAAAAGCAGACAGCAGCACUGAAACCUGCCAGCCCUUCAACUCUGGCUUCAGUGACAAGAGAAGCACAGAGCAAUCGGACAGGCUCGCUAUGGAAAGGCUGUACCGGCAGCUCCUGGUGUCCCUGAAGCGGCCCAAGACUAAGAACGAACAAUUGCUACAAGUCAGGCAGUGCAACUGAAGAGCAACCUCCUGUAACCCCUUCCUGCACACAGCCACCAAUGAAAGGCACGAUC